CAAUACGGGCGAGCUGAGAGACAAUGUGGGGAAAAGCGUUACUGUAGCCGGAGUUCAGCACGCGCGCGGGUCACAGCGGAGAGCGUGCAGAAUAACUCACCUGAACGCACCACCGGAACUCACCUGAGAAAGUUCAGCAGAAGGAGAGUAACGCGGUCAGAUAAGUGGGAGGAUCUGUGUAGGAUCACACUGAGAUCAGGAGACAGUAGAUCAGUUUGAUGAGUCGCUGGAACUUCUGAUCGCAGGAAGGACUGAAGAAGAUGAACAAUAAGAUGGAUAAAGAGAACGAGAUCAGUGAAUACAGCAGCGCGGAGGAGGAGGUCCGGACUCUGUUUGUUAGCGGGUUGCCGUUGGAUAUAAAGCCGCGGGAGCUUUAUCUGCUCUUCAGACCUUUUAAAGGUUAUGAAGGUUCCCUCAUCAAACUUACCUCAAAACAGCCGGUGGGGUUUGUGAGUUUUGACAGCAGAUCAGAAGCAGAAGCAGCGAAGAAUGCUCUGAACGGAGUUCGGUUCGACCCGGAGAUCCCUCAGACUCUGAGGUUAGAGUUCGCCAAGGCCAACACCAAGAUGGCCAAGAGCAAACUGGUGGGGACCCCCAACCCCCCACCGUCCCAGCAGAGCCCCGGACCCCCCUUCAUCAGCCGGGACCCCUAUGAGCUGACAGUACCGGGUCUGUACCCCAGCAGUCCUGAUGUUUGGGCAUCGUACCCACUGUACCCUGCAGAACUCUCACCUGCUCUACCACCUGCUUUCACCUACCCCUCCUCUCUGCACGCUCAGAUCCGUUGGCUCCCUCCUGCAGAAGCUCAGGGCUGGAAGUCCAGACAGUUCUGCUGAAAUACGUGUUCAUUAUGUGUGAUGGUGGCCACGGAUGGCCUUGAUCGAACUGCCCCAUCUACCCCCCCCCCUCCUCCUGUACACCCUUACUACUAUCUCUCUUUUCUCUCUCUCUCUCUUUCUUUUUCUCCUUACUUCCUAUCUCUCCCUCCACGAGUCCAAACCAGGGGUCUCCAGACUCACCUUCUUCAGUCAUGGACCACAGGUUAAGACCACGCCCCCCUGGGCUACAGGGCAAAUCAAGACCACCUCAGCCUCCAUCACACAGCCCCGCCCCCUACACCUCCGCCCUGCUCUCUUUUCUACUGUUACACCAAUAACAUUUCAAUCAGGGGAGUUCAGCACACAGCGUCUGAUAAUCAGCCGUCCAAUCAAAUCACAGCAGAUUUAUUAACCCCUUAAACUCCGUCCUUAUCAUUCAGAUAUUAAUAUUACAUAAUACUGUAGAUUUAUCGGAAUCUACUGUGAAAAUAAUACUUACCUUACUCAGUUCUGAGCGUGAAAAAUAUACUUAUUCAUCCUCCGCCCACAGCGCUCUUAUUUUACAGCAAAUAAACCCCAAAAACCCUGAGAAAAACAUCUAGUGUACAUGUCAUGAAUUAGAACUUCAUGUAGCACUAUGUAUAAUACAAUAUUUAUAUAUGUACCAGCUCAAACCCAAACCAUACCGAACCCAUUUAAAACAGAUCCAAAACCAACCAAAUCAAACCAAUCCCAAAACCCAACCAAAUUAAAACAGUUACCAAACCUAAAUCAAACACACACCAAACAAAACCCAAUGAAAUCAAACAAAAACCCAACCAAAUCAAACCAAACUCAAGCCUAAACAAAACCCUACAAAAUCAAACCAAUCCCAAACCCCAACCAAGUCUAAAUCAAUCCCAAACCAAAUCAAAGCCCAAACACAACCAAUACAAACCAAUCCCAAACCCAAAAUUAAACCCAAAUCAAACCAAUCCGUGUAGCCAAAAGCUAAGAAAAACGUUUAUGCUCAACAUUAAUAUGGAUAUAGAGAGUCUUCCAUUAGUUCUCAUUAAGACUCAUCAUUCAUUUCCUUCCAUAUAAUGAUUGUUUUGUAUGUAAAGGAAUGUAGUUUAAAUCCAGUUUUAAUACAGAUUUAUUUCCUGCGUUUGCAGAUUUCUCAGACUAAUCCAUGAUUAUUUUCAUUUCUGAACUGCUCUGUUUAGCGUAGCUGAGCACAGUGUUCUGUUAGCAUCUAAACUCUCAGCAUCAGCUGCUGUUAAAGUCGAGCGCUGAGAGCAGAGGAUGGAUGAUAUUAAUGUUUAGUAAAUCAGUAAAAUGUUUAGUAAAGCAGAUAAAAGACGGGACUCCUUUCACUGAAAUGUUUUGGUUGUGUAUUAAUCACGUUAUCUUUAUUAUCAAUAUUAUUAUCAUUAUUAUUGUUACUAUUGUCGUUGUUGCUAUUCGAAAACGUUGAUAAGAUUUAUAAUAUCUCUAAAAUUCUGAUCAAGUUGACGCAUGACUCUGAAAUGAUGAAAUGAUGACUCAUACAUUUUUAGAUAUUUUGAAGAAAAUACAGAAGUAUUUUUGUAAUCAGGUGAAUGUUUUAGUGCCGUGUGUUUGCUGAUGUCGUCCGUUACGUGUGCAAGAAUUUCAGUAUAAUGACUUUGAAUGUGUUCUCUAUUCUGCUGUUAGGGCGCUUCGCCCGAUUACGCUGCCCAGGCUCCGCCCACUAGCGCGUUAUUUUAUAUAUACGAUCUUUGGACGAGUUUUAUGGAACGCUCGUAAAAUUUUACUUCAGUUUAGUAGUUUUACAAUACCUAUUCUUAUUCAGGUUUAUUUUUAAUGUAUUAAUAAUAGAUUAACACACCCUAUGACAUCAGCAGCUGGAGUCUGAGAGAGAGAGAGUACAGUAGGUUGGUACAGGCAUUUGUUAGCUGAUGUAUCAGAUCUUGGGAUCCGGCGCUUUCCUCCGAGCUCACUGUGAUGCUGCCUAGUGAUGCUGCAUUGAUUGGCUGCAGUUGGAAAAGAGGCGGAGUCUGACAUGUAUCUUUACUCUGUCCUAAUGAGUAAAUAGGGUAAUUGGCCUUGCAAAUUGUGCAAUAAAUGAGUUAAAAUUGAGAAAUAUAUAUAAAAUUACUACUAAUAAUAACAGUGCAGGUAUUGUGAGCUACAGUUUAAUGUUGUUUUUAUCAGCGCUCUGCCUCGAAACGAACACUCGCUAUAAAAUAAUCCGAUUGUGGGCGGAGCCUGGGCUGGGAAACUCUGUCUCUCAUAACGUUUUAAAUAUGAGAACGUUGUAAACUCUUGAGGAAAGGAAUGAUGCAGAACAGCAGAGAAUCAUAAUUCAACCUAAUCCAACGUUUUUCAGAUAUAAACUGCAUGCUACAGAUUUUUAUCUGGUUUAUCUGAUUAAUCAAAGCUGUUUGUUACUGGCCUUAUAAUGCUUUGUACUGAUGAUAUAACGCUGUUGGAUGUUGUAAAGAGUGACGGUUUUUAGUUAAAAGUCAUAAUUUACUUUAUUCCCCACUUUUUCCGGUUCGUUUUUCUGUUCUUUUAGGUUUUUAAAGGGCGUUUUCACUCCAGCACUGUUUGUUCUGGUUAAAAUGGACUCUGGUUGGUUUGUUCUUUUAAUGCGGUUCGAUUGAGCAGGUGUGAACACAGUAAUCACACUCAUGAUCUGGUCCCAAAUGAACUCUGAAGUGGUUCACUUGUGGUGAGAACGUAAUUUGGACUUUAAAUCAGCCCAGCUAUCAAAUAUAUUCCUUUUAUUUGAGCUAAACUGCUGAUAAGAAACAGUUUAAUCUGAUAUAUUUGCCAGAUAACGCAUAUUAAUUACAACAGCUCUGAACAAACACUGUCUCUGCUGCUCCAUGCUGUUUACACACUGUAAGAGCCGUCUAUGCAGCGUUCACUGCUCACAUCUGCGCUGCUCGACCCAAUAAAAACACUGUGUUUAAAAGCACAGUGGCAAUUUUUUAGUGUUCUUAUAUUAACUUUCAGACAUCUCUGACCAAUCAGAGGAGACGAUGUGCUCACAUGGUGUUGGUGCACAUUUUGGUGCGUUUAGUUUAAGUUUAUACCUGUGUGAAACCAAACCAAACAGAGGGAAAACUCUUCAAAUAAACUGUAUUGUCUUUAAUUUUAACCCUUUAUUAUUAUUAUUAUUAUUAUUAUUAUUAUUAUUAUUAUUAUUAUUAUUAUUAUUAUUAUUAUUAUUAUUAUUAUAUUAAGUCAGUGCUCGGUUAUCUAUAGUAUGAAUUUGACAUAAUAUUAUAUGUUUGAGCACGAUGGCAGUUCUAAUAAUAAUAAUUCUGUUGUAAAUAGAAUAAUAUAGAUGAUUUUAUUUAUAAUUAAAUAUAAUCAGGCCAUAAAAGAGGAUUUUAUAAACAUAAUGAUUUUGGCCGUGGUCCAGUAUUUAAUAGAUUUACAAAAAAAAAACAAAAAUUAGACAAAAUACAUAAAAAACUAUUUGAUGCUUUUUUAAACCUGAAUUGUAUUCACUCCAUUGAAUCAAUUACUCUUCAGAUCUGCUUUGAUUAAAAACUUUAUAAUUUAUAAGAACACAAAUAGAAUAGAUAAAAUAAGCCAUUAAAAAGAGUAUAAUAUUAAUUAUACUAAUAUAAUAUAAUAUAAUAUUAAUUAGGCAUAUUUCCUUAAAGGUGAACAGAACUAAUAAUCUAAAUGGAAAAACAGAAAUUGCAAAAAGUGAGGUGAAAUAAAAUGGAGUUUAGGAAACACAAGGAUUUUCUUUAAAAUUAAUUUAAUAAAUUAAAAUUUCUCCUAAGAAUUAAUCAGAAGGUUAGAACCCAUUUAUGUAUGUUGUUUUUGUCCGAGUCGGGCCAAAAAAGUAAAAGUUUGUGAGGUAAAACUUUAAACACACUAAAUAACUUUACAGCGCAGUAUCGCCUCUCUAAACACAAUUCUACAUCCACUCAGAAUUAAUUCACAUCAUAAAAUUACUGUACAGUUUUAUUAUCGCUGUGAGAACUGUGACUUUAGAAGGUUAGAGCUGAACACUGAUGGAGUGUGAACGUGAUUCAUCUUUAUUAGCAUGUCUUUCUUUAGUCUUUCAAAAGACAAAUCAUCUUUUUAAGGGUGACGGGUGUCGGAUAUUUCUGGAUCUAAGAGAAAAAAGUCCAAUCCAGUUUUUCUAAAGUCUAAAAAUAACUUCAUACGCCUGUUUCUGUUCUCUGAUGCUAUUGUGGUCCUCGCAUCAGGAUGACAAACUGAAACAUUACAAGAUUUCCUCAUGAAUACGGUCCCCAGAAAUACUGGUCCUCACAAAUACAGGUCCUCAAACACACAGGUCCUAAUGAAUACCAGUUCUAUUAAAUAUCGGUCCUAGUUAAUACAGGUCCUCAUAAAUACGGGACCUUAAACACACAGGUCCCUACAAAUAUUGGUCCUCAGAAAUACUGGUCUUUAAGGGUACAGUCCAACAAAAACCUGGUCCUUAGAUAUACAGGUCCUCAUGAAUACUGGUCCUCAAAAAUAAAGGUAUUCAAGAAUACUUGUCUUUGUGAAUACAGGUCUUUAGAAAUUCAGGUCCUCAGAAAUACUGUUCCACAUUAAUACAGGUCCUCAGAUAUACAGGUCCUCAGAUAUACAGGUCCUCAGAUAUACAGGUCCUCAGAUAUACAGGUCCUCAGAUAUACAGGUCCUCAGAUAUACAGGUCCUCAGAUGUACAGGUCCUCAGAUGUACAGGUCCUCAGAUAUACAGGUCCUCAGAUAUACAGGUCCUCAGAAGGUGUGAUGGCGGUACUGAAGCUGGUGUUUUUGGUGCAUGCUUGUGGCAUGUGUUUUUAUAUUUUAUUUGUAUUUUAUUUCCCCAGUGUUUGUGUUUAAUGUGUGCUAUUAGUGUGAUACUGAGUGUGUUCUGCUGGGAGGUUCUGUAUGGAAUGUAUUUGUGAGGGAAAAAUAAUAAAAGUAAUUUUUAUAUAAACUCAA